AUGGAUGAUAAUGUGGAGAAGUUCGACUUGGUUUUGCAGCGUCUCAUUAAUAAAAUUGUCGCGGUACAAAAUCGUCGGCCCGUAAGCCUUCUUAAUAAAUUGACGAUGGACCAAUUUGAGACGCUAGCGAAACAAGAUGCGAAAUAUUUGGAAAAUGUGCUCUCCAACAUUGAAAAAGUGAUGGAACGUAAGAAAAUGUAUUUAAAAUCACAAAUCAACGCGAGAAAAGCGGCUUGUGAGCUCAGUCAAUCGCUGAAAUCUCUUGAAGACACGUUUGUUGAGAUUUCCGCAUCAGUAGAAGAAUGUAAUUCGAAAAUCGCUGCGGAUAAUUUCGAGUUUUUGGUGCCGCCAAAGCCCGAAAUCGUUGAACCCGAGGUGAAACUAACAGCGGCGCAGUUGCAAAUGAAGAAAUACAAAGAAAUGCGGGUGAUCGACUCACCAAAAUUCAUGUCAAACAUCAAAUCAAGGCUUGACGAGUCGGUAUUGCAUGAUAUGAAAAUGGACGACGAGCCGCUGCUCACCGUCUCGCCGGAGAAUAUCUGGGCUCUGCGUGCUCUAGUCACUAGCAUUUUUCCCGUAUCGUAUAGCGACAAGUUUUUUCAGGAAUGUUUGAACAAUGAUUUGUGUCGGGUGAUCUACAAAAAGCGCGACGCGAUCGCGAUAGUCGCUGUCAAACCCGAACAGACCGAAUAUGGCGAUGUUUUAUAUGUUAGGAGUCUCGGAGUUCAUCCAUUAUUUCGCGAAAAAGGCAUUGGAGCGCGAUUGCUCAACUUUGUCGAUGUGAAAUGCCGAGAAAAAGGAUUACAAGUAGUCAUGCUUCAUGUUCAGACAAGCAACACACGGGCAAUCGAAUUCUACGAGAAACGAGGAUAUUCAAUCGAUAAAUUAAUGAAGAAUUAUUAUCAUCGAUGUUCGCCGCCGGAUGCGUUUGUGAUGCUCAAAAGAUUGUGA